GUGGUUCAAGGGGAUAGGGGCGAAUUGCAUUCAUCGAUACAUGGGAAGGGGGUAUGCGGGUAGGUGGGGAGGGAGGUUUUUUAGAGGGAGGUAGGGGUUUCUAGUGUUGCGAGAAUGGUGGUUUGGGUCGAGGGAAAGGGAAGGUCGAUUUCAAGGGGUCGGGGUGACACCGGUGCUGGGUUCAGGGGGGAUUUGCAUCGUUUCGAUGCCGGGGUGGGGUUCAGGGGAGGCAGCGGUGGUUGGGGUUUGGGCUUGGUUUUUUUGUAGUUUUUAUUAAAUAUUUUUGAUUUUUUUCUUUUUAAUAAUUACUUAAAUAGAUUAACCCUUAAUGACUAACGGAGCUGACGUCGUAAGUCCGUUAGUCAUUUGGAUAUAUAAGGCAUUUUUGUUAAACUCGGAGAUACAUGGUGUAUUUGAAAAUUUUCAAAAUACAUUGUGAUUAAGCGAAUUACUCAAAAAGGGUAUUGGGUGAAAUAACCGUAUAAAAAAAAUACUCACAUUAAAAUUGUUGACAAAAUCACAACUUUUUUUUUUUUUUAUUGACAAAUGACAAAAUCACAACCUACACAUACAUAACUUUCUCACUUUCUCCACCAACACACUACACAUCCAUUUUCCCGGGUGAAAAAAAAUGGCGUUCGCAACCAACCCCUUAUCUUUAAGCGUCCCAGAACAAGCCUUCGAGUCAUGGCUCCGCGACUCCGGCUACCUCGAAAUCCUCGACCACCGCACCACCCAACUCCACAAACUCAACUCCUCCGCACCCACUGCAGCAACCACCGCACCAUCCGCCGCACCAACCACCGCACCAAUCCCAUCAACCGCCCCCAGAAGAACCCCAACAACCACUAUCACUGCCAUAGCUUAUGGCCUUAUUAUGUCCCUCAUUUCAUCGUUUGCCACCAUUUUCUCUCUCCUAACUCUCAACCCUUUUGCUAAACUUACUUCGUCUGAUUUUUCUCAGCAGAAUUCUCCCUCUUUGACUUCUUCUGGGUUUCUGGGUUCUGUUGAUUCUUACUCUUUUCCUUCUUCUUCUACUCAAGCUAGGAUGCGUGUUCAUGAGAAUGUUAAGCGUUUUGCUAAGAAUUAUGCUACGCUUCUUAUUCUCUUCUUUGCGUGCUCUUUGUAUCAAAUGCCACUUGCUUUGGUCGGCUUGGUAUCUUGUUUAGCGACAUGGGAAGUAUUUAGGUUCUGUGACAACAGAUGGGCACUCGAUAGGUUUUCCGCUAUUCGACAUGUUCUAAUUCGUGUUGCUCAAUGUGCAGUUGCAGUCAUUUUAUUCUGGUCCAAUGUUCAGAUGGCAGUCUUCUUCACUUUAGGAGUUGGUUACAUAGUUAUGAUGUUACAUGCUUCUUUUCGCAAGCUCACUCCUGCCAAGCAACUUUCGAAAGGAAGAAGAAGAUGAGGAUCUCACCAAUCGACAAUCUUGGAUUUUUUCAUCAUUUCAUCUGUGUAUAUAUAAUUGCUUCAAAAAUUGAAGCUCCUAAUUUUGACAGUAUUGUGAAAAUAGGCCACUCACCUGUAGAAGUCUGGUAUUUGCUGAAUUCAGUUUAAGUUAAGCUUUCGAUAACAAGCUAUGAAACAACCUUGGAUGAAGACAAGGCUAAUCAGUAAUCUACUGCUGAAAUUGUUAUUUCUAUUCUUAUAGGAUUGCUGAAUUUUGAGGCCGUGAGCACUUCUGAUUAUGGGGUAUUAGGGUUUAAUGAUACUGAAUUAAUAAUAGGAAAUUUAGUGAUGAACUAUCUAUUUUUGUACAGUUUUCCAGAAACAAACAACAUUUAUGAGUAUGGUACUUGUAAUCUAUUUA